AAAGGCAAUAUAAUUUCAACAGAAAAAUAGAAAAAUAGAGAAGUAGGUAUAACAAAUAUAAAAAUAUAAAUUAGGCAGAAAAUUAAAUUAUAAAUGGUUUUACAAAUUUUUGUUGUUCUUUUAAUACUUUGUCAAAUAGCUUAAGGAUAGAUAACAUACAAUUACAAAUCUGGAGGAUCUGAUUGGACAGGAACUUGUUCUACUGGUUAAAGUUAAUCUCCAAUUGAUAUUUCAAACAUUUAAGGAACAUGCGAUAAUAGUAUGACCAUAGAUGUCAGUUUGUAUAAUCAAAAUGUGUAAACCUCAGUUGUAAAAGAUUAAUCUGGUUUAUCCUCUGCAGGUGAUUUCGGUUCCUUAUAUGCAAAAGAUAUAAAUGGAAUAUUGGUAGGUUAUGAAGCCAACUAAAUAUAAGUCCAUAUUCCAUCAGAACAUUCAAUAGAUGGCAGUGGUUAUGAUAUUGAACUAUAAAUUUAUUUCUCUAUUAAAAAGGAGUUCUAAGCAACUUUAUCUGGUUAAACUCCAGCAGUUCUUAACAAUGCAGUUGUUAGUAUAUUUUAUACAAUUGAUUCUACUUAAUCGAGUAAUUUCUUUAACGUUUGGACUCCUUCAAGUAUUGGCACUAAUUUUAGUUUUAAUCCUGCUACUGUAUUUAAUGGCACAAUAGACUCUACUAAUCAAUAUUAUUCUUACUAAGGAUCAUUAACACAACCAGGUUGUGAUGAGAGUGUUAAUUGGUAUAUAUUCCCUCAAUCUUAGCCCAUCUCUUAGAUUUAAUAUAACGACAUAAAAAAGUAUAUACAAGGUGAUCUUACUUUUGCUGGCGGACACGGUAAUAACAGAAACAUUUAAAGUGUAAAUGGAAGAACUAUUAAACUUGGUAAUGUGCAAUGCGAAGAAUAGUUUAUCUAUUUCUUCUCCUUCUUUAUAUUGUACAUCUUUAUCAAUUAUUUUAUCUUCAAAUUACUUUGA